CCGAAGGUGAAGGCGCUGCAAUGCGCCCUGGCGCUGGAGAUCCGCUCUGUAACUUGUCCAGGAGUAGUGCUUAAAGACAAGGAGGACAUCUAUCUUAGCAUCUGUGUGUUUGGCCAAUAUAAAAAGACACAAUGUGUCCCAGCCACUUUUCCAUUGGUCUUCAAUGCCAGAAUGGUGUUUGAAAAGGUGUUCCCUGAAGCAGUAGACCCUGGAGAUGUGGUUGCACAACUUGAAUAUGAUACAGCAUUGUUUGAGUUGAUUCAACUAGUUCCACCAGUGGGUGAAACACUGUCUACAUAUGAGGAAAAUACACGAGACUUCAUGUUCCCGAGUCCAAACCAACUUUCUGGGCACCAUGAUUCAAACCGCCAAGUUACCAUGAGGAGGAUCUCUGGCCUUCGAGGAAUUGCUCCAAAGCUGGAAUUUUCUACAACCUCAGUGAUUACUGAAUGUCUAAUAAGUUCAAGGAAGUGCCGAACUCAGGAUAAAUAUAUUUACCAUACGGCUCCAGUUGAAAAAUCACACGGCAGACUGCAAACCAGAACACUAAGAUCUCAAAAGAAAAAAUCCAAGUCACCUGAGAGAAGUAAAUAUUGUGUAAAUGCAAAAAACUACGAACAGCCUACGAUUUCUUCAAAAUCACACUCUCCAUCUCCCUACACAAAAAGACGCAUGUGUGAGCUAUCUGAAGACACCAGGCGGCGGCUGGCCCAUUUAAACCUGGGACCCUAUGAGUUCAAAAAAGAAACAGAUAAGCCUCCAUUUGUGAUUAGACAUGUCGAUCCCCCAAGUCCCAGGGCUGAUCCUCUAUUUGGGUCUUCUAGCAGAGACUGUGAAAGGGAUGGAUGGUCCAGGAUGCACAAUGAUCAUUCUCAUCAUGGCAGCUACCGGCCCAAGGACUAUAAGGUUAUCAGGACACCCCAUGGCAUAGACUACGAUGACUCUUUGGAAAGGUGCGAAGAGUAUUUGAGCCCAAGGACAUGUAGCAAGCCCCGGCAUUCAGCAAGGACCUUACUUGUCCAUUCAGCACCCUCAACAAUGCUGAAGCAUCCUCCAAGCCCUGUGUUAAACCGAGCUUCUCUCAGGGAAAGAUUCCAUUCUGAUUGGUGUUCUUCUUCAAACUGCGAUGAGAUCCAUGACCGGGAUGAGAGAGACCCGGAGAAGGAAGACGAACUGGAAAUGAAAAGAGGUCUUUUCUACAAAGACUGUGCCUAUGACAGUGAUCCCGAGUGCAGCUCACUUCAGCGGCCACGUGGCACUCUCCAAAUGGAUGACGGUGAAUACUGGUCCAACAGGGCAGCCUCUUACAAAGGAAAGUCCCACCGACCCGUCUUUGAGAACAGCAUGGACAAGAUAUACAGGAACUUAUACAAAAAGGCCUGUAGUUCUGCUUCUCAUACACAGGAAAGCUUCUGAAAUCAUCCACAAUGAACUAUAUGAGUGUCCAUGUCAACUUCAAUGAAAGCGUUUGAUGUGAUCAAUAUCUGUAUUCCUUUCUUUUUUAAGCAGGUGGCUCUCAUUGAGUGCAGUAGGUAGACUUGAAUAUGUCCAUUUCUUCAAACGGCACAUUAUCAUAGGCAAGCCUUUUUUGAAUCACAGAAUAGAGUGCUAUGUUCCAAAAGUCAAAGCUCUGCCACACAAUCACAAAGUCUAGUGUGACUGCAAGAGAAUGUUGUCACAUGUUAUCUCAUGUCACCAUUGAAAAUCCAAGACUGGAUUUGCUCUAAGCAUGUUUUGCCUUAAUCAACUUGUAAUUUUCUCUUCAUGUACUUAACUGGUUAUCUUGUCUGAGCAAGAUUUAAUUAAUAUUAACUCCCUUUUCUUACUAAUGAGCAAAAAGAUAUCCUGUGUAGAAAUGAAUUUCCCAAGAGUGUGAACCAACAUUUUCUACUUUUUCCCCUUAGAAAAGUCCAUUUAUAUUUCUUAACUCAUACGAAACCACUUUUUUUUUUUUAAAGCUUUUAUAAUCAUUCACUCUCACUCCUCUAAAACAACUUUCUAAGUUGCCUAAAAUGCACAACAGUUAUCUAGGAUAGCAGAGCCCAUGUGUGACCCAAAAUCUGAAUAACUUAUUUUUAAAGAUAUAAUUCUUUGUCUGAUUUUCUAGAGCCAUCUCUUUUGGUACAAACAGAAUCAGAAAAUAGCCUCUGUUAGUAAACGUGUAGAGACUCAUGGAUUAUAUUGUAAACUAAUUUAUUUAAAGUUUUCAUAGGUAUCAAAUGGCCCAAGAAAGUCGUAUCCUUACUUUAAAGGACACUUGGAACCAAAAUGGGAGUAAAGUAUUAUAGCAGAACUCUGUGGUAGGCACUGCAAAGUCUGUUGGUUGAUAAAAUUAGCUCCUUCCCCAACCCCCAAACACACACUUGUGAGGCCAGCGACACUCUGAGGAUAGGAAGAAAUCAGUUACCUCACAUUCACAGGAGUGAACAGAGGGAAAGCAGAGAAAGAUAGAUAUGGCUUCCAAGCUUGAAGUUGACUCCAAGAUAAUGUUUUCUCAUUAACUCUGUCUCUUGUUAAUUCUACAGCUAUGAUUUUAAAAGAAAAAAAUUGACUUGAACUUCAUUUAAAUUGAAAUUAACUUGCAAAAGUGGGUGAGUUAUUUUUGUAUUAGGAGAAAAUAUAAUACUUGCAAUCUAAUAAUAGGACUUUUUAAUUUCAUGUUAAGAAUGUUUUAGUAUGACUUGAACUUCAUGUUAAGAAUGUGAAUUGCAUGUUAAAAAUGUUUUUGUACAACAGUCUGUGAUUACGUCAGAAAAUGCAUCAGAGAUAGGAGCCAGGAGUCCUCGGCUCUCAUCCUCUCUACCAUUUUCUAGCCAAGUCUCUUUAACUCCCUGGUCCUUAGUUUCCAUCAGCUAUCAAGUGAUGAGAAUGGAAUAGAUCAGCAUUUUCUGAACCAGGCCAGUAUUGCAUUGGUCAUAUUAGUUUAGGAAAACGUGUGCACUAUAUUUACCUUCCCCCCAAUAUACAGAGUCACAGGUAGGAUGACAGGAGUGAAAGGGAAGGCUGUUAAUGCUGAAUCAGCAGUUGCAGGCUGGGGCUGUACUGCUGAAACUCGGACAUUGGUCAUCAUAGUCAUAAGAAACACUAGUGUAUCAGAGGCACUAAGAAAUGCUGGCAUAAACCUGUUUUGCUCUAGCAUCAAGUAGAGAGUCUGGCACUUAUUGGUGCUCACUAAUUACAUAUUGCAGUAACCCAGAAUUUUCUCAACAAAAUUAAGCUUUUAAUAGUAUCUGUUGUCAUGGCCAUCUUUCCCCUGGUAUUCUGUCUUCCUCAACCUCCCACUCCCUCUCAAUGUCACCCUCAGGUGCAUGUGGACACCAGCAGGGGAAAUGCUGGACUAGGUACCCCGGUAUAAGGUUAAAUAAUGACGUUUUGUACAAUAACCUUUUGACGGUCAAAAUUGAAUAAUGCUUUUACAAAAUUAUAUCCUCAAUGAAAUUUAGGUGUUUUUUUUCUUUUUUUGUGUGUGUGGAAAUAAAUGAAAAACUUCCCCAUUUAAAAGUUGCUGCUUGUUAAAAAGAACAAAUAUGAACUGCAAAGAAAAUGUCUUGCUAUCAUAGAAUAUCUCUCAAGUGAAUAAGUACCACAGAAAUUACUUACUGUACCUAUACCUGCCAUUGGCUUUGACAAAGGCCACAAAAGGUGGGUCUCGGGGGAUCUUCGGGAAGUGAUGUUCUGAAAGCCACAUCCUCUGAUUAAACCUGACAUCUCUCCGAGUCUGGUGCAAAUCUUUAGAUACGUGGCAUCUGUGCUAAGUAUCUAAUUACUUCUGUUCAAUGGUCUUUAUUGCUAUCCUAUUACUGUGAAUUCUUAUGUUUAUCUUUAAAGGGUAAAAGCUUUAGUAAUAGGUAUCUUUUCUCAUUGAUAGAAGCAGAAAGGUGCUUAUUAUCUUAGCCUUUUUUAUAUUUUUCACAAUCUUAUAGUAGUUAUUGGACUUAAUAUGUAAGAUAAAUGGGCCUUACUUCUUUCAAUGUGUUUUUGCCCUUAAGUAAAAAAAAAAAAAAAGGAAUUUUAUAAAGGAAAAUGACAAUUGAACUGAAAAAACCCAAACGUAUCAUUAAACUGAGUCCUCCCUGGUUCCACUACUUUUUAUAUAACCUUGUUAAGUCAUUUAUCCUUCUUGGAGCUGAGUUUCCUUAAUUAUAAGUUGCUGAAGGAAUUACUUAGAAUGAUCUUUAAAUGUUCCAACAUUUCUAUAAUGGUAUAAUUAGUUAAUGUGGAAGAUAAGGAAGCCUUAGGAAGCAGAGGAGUGUUAAAUAUUUGUGUGCAAGUUUUGGGGAGGGGACAUAUUCAAGAAAGUGCAUUUUGCUGUAUUUCUAUGGAUCACCUCCACAAAAGUACUCAACAUGAGUUUGUGAGACAAGUCAGGGUUCUUGGUCUCUAGGAGCUUACCUUGACUAUUCCCAGAGGAUCAGGCAAAUACACAGCUGUGGUAUAAUAUCUUGGAUUUCUUCAUUUUUACUCUAUCAUAUUCUUUGUAGGUUCUUGUAGACAAUAUAUUUUUUUCAUUUUUGUAUUAUCUUUGUAGCCCUAGCACCACAACCUGGAUGUAUCUCUAUUAUAGCAACUGAUAAACAGAAACUGAAUUAUCAAUGA